CAAUGGAGUAUUUCUAAUUCCCGGACAAGAAGUUGAAACGGACACAGAAAUUGUUGAGAUGAACGCAGUUCAGAAUCAGGCUAAUGCAAACACCACAUCUGAGACGUUCAUGUUGAUUACAACUCAGUCGGCCGAUUGCGAACCUGGACCUUCUGGAUCAGCUCUUUCUUCGGAGCCCGUCCAAAAUGCAGAACGAGACAUUAGCCUGAAUGCAAACCAACAGACAAUCAUGGACAAUCAGCAAAUAAUCGUCAAUAAUCAGAUUAAAUUGAUGCAGGCGAUUGCAAAGCUACAAACCGGCGUCGAUUUAAUAAUCGAGAACAACAUGUUUGGGAAUCAACAGCCAAAAGAUACAAACAAGAUCUUAUUGCAGCCCGUAAGUUCGAUUGCAGAAAUGAAUGCUUUAGAACAAAGCUUGAAAGAAUCCGGUUCGGCUGAUAAAUACAUAAAGAACAUGAGUUUCAUUUGCGGAACUGACGGUAAAGCCUCUGGAAUGGACAGUUGUUAUAAACUGAUUGAUUAUUUCGUUACAAGGGAAUUUAUGCACACUUGUUCUUGGACAGGUAAUACAAAGCUCACUGACGAACACAUUUCGAUGAACACAAUGCCUGAUUUACAAAUAGAAGCUGUCGGGAAAGUGCCUUUAAAGUUUUAUUGUCACUUCCGAUCUUUGUUCCUUAAACUCAUUCGUCUAUCUGAUAAGGAUUUUACAGAAGUCAAAUGUGACGAAUUCUUCAAGCGCGUUAUGAAGAACAGCAAAGCAAGAUUGCAAGCCAAGUCGUCUUCUAAACACAAAAAUCGCCCCUGCAAUCUGAAAUACAAGUCACAUAAGCCAACAGGAAAUCAGAAUCCGGAUCAGGUCCCAGAGGAGAAUACUGUCGUUGCAGAAAAUCUUCAGCCCUCAGAGCAGUUACAAAAUAAAAUCUGAAACGUCUACAUCUACGAAACUCAACAUUUGAGGAAAUUAACUAUAUGAUACCUUUUAAACACAACAUUAUAUUUUAUUAUUACAUAUAAUCUUAAUUACUGACCUUCACAACACUUUCUCAACACUUCCAACACAAACUAUUUCUAAUAGAACGACUGAUUAAAAUAAACUCAACGUACUAAUUCUAAUAAAACGACUAAUUGAAAUAAACUGUAACUCUUUGUCCACCACAUUAUUACUGAUCAGCUGAUUUAAGAUAAACUCAAUAAUCCAUCUG